GAACUAGCUGUCAAAUGUCCAGAAAAUUUUCAUGUUCGCCGUAGCCAGGGAAAACUGCGAAAACACAAAACACGAAACGUACUUGCAUUACGCGAAAAGUCCGUGCAAUCGACCAUAAUUUUUACAUCAUUAGAAUAAAACUUCCCCACCGGACUGAAGUGAACCGAUUGUGAAGCAUUGUGUUAUCAGUGGUGAAAGGCUGCGGAAGCGAAAGCGUCCGUCACUGCACCACCGUAUCGGUGCUCCUGCUGGAACCGAUAAAGACACCGAUUAACAAUUCCGUACGGUUUGCUGGUGAACCCGUGUUCUUGCGUGCGUUAUGUGGUCUUUUUUCUCGCGCGAUUCCUCUAAAGACUUUCCUUAUGAAAUCGGAGAUCAAGUGCAACAGUUUGACACAAAAAGCAUCUGGAGUCUGCACCGUGGCAAACGGAAAGGAUCCAAUGAUGAGGUGUCAGUCUUUACAUAUGACAUCAAGAACGGUUCAGACAUCAAGCUGGAGUUAGCAAAAGCCGCACUAAAACGACUGAAAACGUUGCGCCAUCCCAGCAUUCUUCAGUUUCUAGAUAGUCUGGAAACGGAUAAGGUACUAUACGUAGCCACCGAGCCUGUCGAACCUUUGGGUACGCACAUCGGCAAGUUAGCGGCUGAAGGACCUCAACGGGACUUGUAUCUGGCCUGGGGUAUCUUUCAAAUCACGCGCGCGCUAUCGUUUCUUAACAACGAUGGUAACCUGCGACACAACAAUGUCUCCGUAUGGUCGGUAUUUGUUAAUACAUCAGGGGAAUGGAAGCUCGGUGGACUGGAGUACGUUUCUUCAACAGAGUUACCGGUGGUACCACCGAUCAAAAUACCACCUUCACUAGAAAUUUACGAUCCACCAGAAAAGAGUGACGCAAACAAGCUGAAAACAGCAACAAAAUGCUCCAGCGAUAUGUGGGGUCUUGGCUGCCUGGUAUGGGAAUCCUUUAACGGACCGUUAAAAACGAGAGGAAACCUGAAAAACAUUGAAGGAAUCCCAAAAUCUUUAGCUCCUUUGUAUUGCGAGCUUGUGGGCGCUGCUCCCGCUAGCCGACCAAAUCCUGCUGAUGUUAUUACCAAAUGCCGUAAACCCGGUGGAUUUUUUAAGAAUGAUUUAGUGGAUUCGCUUCUAUUUCUGGAGGAAAUUCAGAUAAAAGAUAAAGUGGAAAAAAUGCGAUUUUUUAGCGCACUUACAGCACAGAUAGAUAAUUUCCCUGAUAAUGUUUGCAGGCACAAAAUUCUACCCCAAUUAAUAACGGCCUAUGAGUAUGGUGAUGCCGGAUCUGCGGUGUUAGCCCCGAUGUUCAAGUUGGGACGUCUACUUGAUGAAGCAGAAUAUCAGAAACGUAUAGUGCCAUGUGUAGUGAAGUUGUUCGCAUCGACCGAUCGCGUCACACGCUCCCGGCUGUUGCAACAACUCGAUUUGUUUAUCUCUCAUUUGCAGCCCAACGUGGUGAAUGAUCAAAUCUUUCCCCAAAUCGCACACGGCUUUCUAGAUACCAAUCCGACAAUUAGAGAACAAACGGUGAAAUCAAUCAUUCAUUUAGCACCAAAGCUAAAUUACAACAAUUUGAAUGUUGAAGUUCUGCGCCAUUUUGCUCGACUUCAGUCACGAGAUGAUCAAGGUGGUAUUAGGACGAAUACAACGGUGUGUCUAGGUAAAAUUGCGCCGCAUUUACAUCCACAGGUCCGACAACGCGUCCUUGUCUCCGCAUUUAUACGAGCAAUGCGCGAUCCGUUCCCACCGUCGCGAGUGGCAGGAAUAUUGGCUCUUGCGGCUACGCAGCAAUAUUUUUUGUUGAACGAGGUUGCCAUUCGUAUAUUACCCGCUUUAUGUCCGCUCACAAUGGACCCCGAAAAAUCCGUACGCGAUCCUGCCUUCAAAACACUUCGUGGAUUUCUAGGCAAACUGGAAAAGGUAUCAGAAGAUCCAAGCCUACGUGAGAGUAUGGAGGCUGACGUGCAUACAGCAACACCGUCGCUGGGGAAUGCUGCAGCGACAUGGGCCGGCUGGGCAGUAACAGCGGUUACCGCCAAAUUCUACCGCAGUCAAAGUGACACGGCCCGACCGAGGCCACCACUAACGGGUAAAACAUUGAGUAAACCUGCUUCUUUGGAACAACCUUCAAGUAGCAGUAUAUCAACUACCACCAGUAGUGUUACAUCGAUGACCUCACUGGAACAUGAGAGCGCUGACACAUCUGCCUCAGCAAGCGAUUAUGGGCCCGAUAAUUGGGACCAAGAGAAUUGGGGCGAUAUGGAUACUUCACAAGAUCCCAGCAGUCCAAUGGCAGGAACGUCUAAUCAACUAAAUCAGAACUUAAACAUGAUCGGUAGCGUCAACGAUAUGCGUGAUGGUUGGGAUAACGAAGACUGGGGAAGCCUCGAAGAAGAUCCGAAUGAAACCGAGCUGAAUGAGAAAGACGAAGAUGAACACAAUCAGGCACAGCAGAAGGAAGCAUCACACAUGGCAAACCCGUCCGCAAUUUUACCUAACGUUGUAUCCUCGAUCAACAACAGUAGCAGCGGUGGUUCUUUCAAUAUGGGUCGGGGUGGAGGCGGCAGCAGCAGUAGCAAUAGCACAACAAACAAUACGACCAACUCAUCUGUUACCGACAGCACGGUAAAAGCUAAUAGCAACAACAGCAGUAGUAGUAGCACGUGUGCCAGUACCAACACUAGCAACAGUAAUAACAACACCAUCAACAGCAUGGCGAAUCAUAUCAGCAGUCCUAGCAAAAUGAUCGCUCUGAAGAACAUGAAUAACCUGCUUAAUACUAGCACCAGCAACAGCAAUCAACUGACCGGUUGGAACAACGGGGGAGGUGCGGGAGAUGGUUGGGGUGACGGAGAAUUUGAGUCACUUGACGAACCAAAUGCGGGUGGUAAUGCGAAAAUGGAUGAAGCGCGUCGAAAGCGCGAGGAGAAGAAAAUGCAGCGACAGCGCGAAUUAGAGGCAAAGCGAGCUGCCCGCACCGGUUCUGGCGGUGGUCCGAUGAAGUUAGGUGCCAAAAAAAUUUAAUCCGAAAGCACGUUGUCAUCUUGGCUCAUCCAGAUACCGGCUACUAUAUGUUACGUAACGCGCGAACACAGCUGGUCGUUACUGUUGCGAUAAUCGUGGACGAUGUUAGAUGUUGUCGUCCAUAGUUGUAAUACGAUUCGCGUCGACUAAUACAGCGUUAUAUCGUUAAACUAGGUCUUGCUGUAAUGACUGGCCGAAAAGCAUAGGUGUGAUGCUGUACAGCAGUAGUAAUUGGAAAGCAAAACAAUACCAAACGGGCAUAACAUAUAACAUAGUUAGCAGGUGUGUGCUGAAAAAAGACUGCACUUUCUAUACGGAACAGUGUGAAGCGUAACGAAGGUAAAAAGAAAACUCGAAAUUCUCGUAAAAGCCUUUUUAGAUGAUAACAAUUAAAAGAUCUUCAUAAGCCCCAGAAUGAUACGAUGCAAUCAUCCGGUGCAAUGUUCGAUGAUCCGGUGAUAUGGUCUCUUCCCUUGGGUUUUUGUUAUUUUUUCUUCUUCUUUUAAUUCCUCGAAACAAUGUAGCGGGUAUACCGGUCUUUCAUAUAUACAAAAUUGGAUACUCAUAAGUAUCAGAAGAUGUAUAUGUUAGUCUUCUGAAGCGUGACCAGACGUUUCAAAAUGAGUAAAAUUAUAGCAACAUGUAACCAUUUCGAAUUCUGUAGUUUUCAUUCCACAUAAUGUUUAUUCGCUGCCUCGUUCGUGUGCGUGUAUUUUAUUGUUUGUUUAAACCAACUUAACUGAGUAUCGAAGAUUAAUUGUUUUUGCGUAUGCAUGUGAAAUGCAAGUUUGCAUUCUAGUGAAUAUUUAAAUAAAAACAAAACAAACGACCAUUUCAGCCAACACAGUUAUUUCGAUCGGAUAUCGAUCGUGAAUGGUUUAGCUUCGGAUCGAGAAGCCGAAUAUAUGUAUGUAACAAAAACACCUAGAAUAUACCGCGAAACAAGAUGCACGUAACGGCAAAACAAAUAAAUUACGUCAAGACAAGUGAAUAGCUUUAAUAGAAAAUAUACGAAUUUAUAGCGUCGAAAUCGGUUAAACGCGGUCUAAUUGAUCGUUGGAUUUUGCAAAUUGGAGAUGUUUUCACGAAAAAUCAAGGAUCGUAAAAGGGUUCCAAAGGCUUCACACUGCUCCUACACGUUACUAGAAAUGAAAAAAAACGCAUAUUCCUCACACUGUUUUGUACUGUAAGAAGCAAUUGUAAUCUGCGAAAUUGAUUGGUUAUAGCAAUGUAGGCGAAGAUGAGAAAAAAAUCCCUACUCCCUUUGUAUUUAUAUGCUUGCUCUUUGAACACGUUGAGCGCCACGUUGGUCCCAUGGGGUCCCCGACACUUUACUUUCUCCUUUUUGUCUGUGCCGGUCCGAUCGAUCCGCAAUGCAAUUUUGAAACAGCGUUUUUUUGGAACCGACAGCGCCUUUCCAUACAUGAUUGUUUUAGUUCCAAAGCAUAAUAGAGUCUGGCUUUGCCUUUGUUCUUUGCUUGCAUUUUUCUACUCUCUUUGUUUCUUUGUCACGUGCUGUUGGGAACGUUCAUGAACCGUGCUGAUUGAUUAUAGAUGCCAGCAGGAGAAAAUAAUUAUCUUAAACUUAGGAUGUCUCUUUUUUUUACAUUAAUUCAGUUGUUCCUCUUCAGUGGCAAUCUUGACAUACGUAUCGCUAUGGUAACUUUGUUUAAGGUAGUUUUACUUCGCUUGAUAAAACAGACAGGGGCCAACACUUAUCGGUAUCCAUAAGCUAUAAUGGCUGGCUAUCAAGCACUAUCUACCAAAAACCAGUAUCUGCUAGUAUUACUUUGUUGCUCCCAUUUUAAAACUACAGCGAAUAAAAUCAACUACAACAAAAAAUGAAUGAGUGAGAGACAAUUGAACAGAUUUUUUCAUUCUUUCUAUUUAUAAUGCGUUUUUGAACAUGUAUUACAAACCGAAGCACACCUAAUACCUACCAUUUUGCGUGUAAAAAAGAUGCAAUGCAAACCCUUCAAAAGUAGUCCCCCGGUUAUAACCCACGUUCUUUCAAACCCUAAAAGCAUCAAGUUUGUCAAGUUUGAUCUUAAAUGUGCGAUAUAUUAUAUCAGCCCUACCAUGAAUGCUUCUACGCAAAAUGUAAAUCUUACUAGAGCGAGGAAAUCAUCUACAGUUUGUGAUAAUGUUACCAUAAACCGUUUCUUUUUACCGGAAUAGUAAUACAUUUUACCUAAAAUUCCCGAUGCCAGUUUUCGAGAAAAAAAAUGUAACAAUAACCAUGAUUACUUCGAUACACUAUUAGAAACCAUCGAAUCGAUCGAUCGAUUUCGAUCGAUAUCGAUUUGUUCGAAAAAAAGUGUGUUUCUAUGACCAUGUUUACUUCCCAUCGUUCAUUAGAAUUUGUGUACUGGCUCACCUUCCUUAUGUGUUUUUGUUGCCCCCUCUACUCUCCUGGGCUUUAUCUUGCCCAAUGAUGCGUCUAGACAUCGCAUUGGAUGAAUCAAUUCUAGAUAGGUAGAGUAAUCGAUUCGUAAAAUCAUAGAUAGAGUAAAAUUAAAAUCUAAUAAUCAAGCACCUUAGCAAACUUUUAAAAGUAACAGUGCACGACCACGUCAACGUCUUUAAAAAAAGUAAAACAGCGUAAGUGGAAAACAAUAAACCAGAAAAUACUGUAACUAAUCGUA